AUCGUAAUCAAUAUAGCGGGGAACCGGUGCCUAGAAAUCAAGCAAUUUUCCUGAAAUCAUGAUCAACAAGUACAUGACAAGAUGAUUAACAAUUUGAUCGUAUCAUUAAGUUGAUAUUGAACAUCUAAUGAUAUUACUAAACUGAAUCGUCAAUGGAGUCAGAUGUGAAUAUAUGUACGUGUGCACAAAUGUUAUUGCGAAAAAGAUCGGAAUCAUAGGAAGACUUUAUUAUGUUUGUACAGGAGUUUAAAUGAAAAAGGCAAUGAGAAUUUGUUUUAUCCGAUGGAUAGUUGUCGGAAUUGGUGUUCUUGCUGUUAGCUUGGUAUUCCUUGGACUACAUACUUCGUCACUACAGGGUACUACCAUAGAACAAAACAAAAAUCCUCGAGAUGACGUUAACACUGACUAUAAUAUGAUUGACCACCAAUAUACCCCUGCGAAUUUGAAAUUACGUCAAGACAAACAGUUACCAAUAGAUAUAGGAAUGUCGAACCUAAAAGAAAAUCUUAUAAAACUGGCAAAAGAAAUUCAGGAAACUAAAAUCCAUAUUAGAGGAACAAAGGCUAGGCAAUCCUUAACGAAUGCCAUUGAUGUUGUAAAAGAUUUAUUUAGACUGACAAAUACAAGUAUGGACACUUUUCAUCGGAAGACCAAAUCGUCGAAGCAUAUUUGCAAGGAGAUCUAUAAAGGGACAACAUACGGUUAUCCAUUCUUUUACAAAGGAUUUGAAACCAAAAACUGUUCAUAUGCAACUUCUAUAGACAAGCUAGUAACUGUUGUAUUUAUUCAUAAAGAAGAAACAUUUUGCAAGUUAGAACACAUUUUGAAAAACAUUUUAAAUUAUAAUCCUCGAUUAAAAGUUGUAGUAGGGAAAGAAAAGAAUUCAAGAAUACCUCUUUCAGAAUCUUUCGGUAAUGUAACUGUCAUAGAUUAUUCUAAGGCAGAUUCAGAUGGAACAAUUUGGAAUUUAUUAAUAACAAAGGUAAAAACCGAAUACGCGCUGAUUGCUAGAAACAUUUCCACAUUUAACAUUGAUGCACGUCUAGAACGACUUGUUCGAGAAAUAGAAGCCUUAGACGUCGUCACAGCUGGUGGGGCAUCACGUGACCAAGAUGGCCGUUGGAAACUUGGAUGUUAUCAGUCAGUUUAUAAAAACUUCUCACUGAUUUAUGACGAAGGCUAUGACGAAUCUCUUCAUGAAUGUAUAUUUUGUGAUUACAUAAGUGGUUCAUUUCUUUCGAGACUAACAACUUUUCAAAGCUUUCCUUUUGACGCGAAAAUGAAUGGGAUUUCAGUCUUUCAUGAUUUCUUCUUACGUCUAUCACAAGGUAAAUUAGAGUCUGUUAUUUGUCCUGAUUCAAUGUUUUAUAUGCGAAAACAAAAACAGUCUGUCAAUUAUAAUGACUGGGCACAGCUUGGUAUUAAAUGGAAGUUAUAUCGUAUGAAAAUUUCUGACGGAGUUGACGUACAGUUUCCAUGCAGAAAAGAAAACUAUAAAUGUUUUAAUGGUCUAGGGUAUAUUUUAUCGCCCUGUUGUCUUCAAGAAUUAGCUGACAUGAUUAAUUUCAUAAUGAAAACGUGUGAGGAAUCUAAUAUUUUAUGCGAACUCCAAGAAGGAACAUUGUUAGGUGCUGUCAAAUUCCACAAAGUUUUACCUUGGGAAAGGGACGCAGAUUUAACGUUUCUAACGGCAAAUUUUACGGCUUUAACAAAACUAAAAUCUUAUAUUAUGAAAAAAUAUUCUUUUACAUAUGAUGCAGGCAGUUUGUGGUGUUGUGCUGACAACAGGACUGCCGGAGGGAAAAUGAAAGUUCACAGCAAACACUGGCACAUCGAAAUGUACGGACAACAUCAAAUGGAUUCAGAAAUGUUACUAACGGAUGGAUUAAAACCAACCAAACUUUUAUUAAAUGGUCAAUGGGUAGGUGUCCCUAGAAAUCCUGGUUGGCACGCUAGAAAUCGAUACGGACAUGAAAUAUAUGCACAUGCUCAACACUGGAUGGCUAUGGGGCAGGGUAAUGGCUGGAUUGAUUACAAAACAAACCACUUUACCCCUUGUCGGACACCAGGAAGACAUGACUGCGUAGAUAGUUUUAACGGGGAUGGCAAUCUUCCAUUUUCGCUUCCAAUUCCAUAAAUUCACAUUGUUAUUUUUAAAGCAUUUUAUUUACUAUAACCAGGUUUACGAUUACUCAUUAUCACCAUUUAAAUCUAAAUCUAAAAUAGAGAGAACCGGAGGAGCUUCUACGACAACCCUCGUCAAAAUAAAAAAAAAAAGUUACCAAAGAGAUAUUAAAACUUUAUCGAUGACACACUUUUAUCUCCACAUACAACUAAUUAUAGAAUUCACAAAACUACACGUGCUCCGGAAGGGUAAUCAGCUCCUAUUACACAUGGGACAACCGUCACAUUGCUCUUGAUGUUGAGUAUAUACAAAUUUGAUGCUGAGUCAUUUGGUGAUGUCACAUAAGAAUAAAAAGUGGAAAGGUUUGUGGUUUCGACAAUUGCAACAUAUCUGUCGUCAUAUUUCAUAAUGGUCAAGUAACUCGUGAUGUAGUAAAUAAAGACAACAGUCGUAUACCGGCGUAAAAAGUUCAUAAAUUAGUAGAGUGAAAACAAAUCCGGCUUGCAACCUUAAAACCGAGGGAAACACAUCAAGUUUAAGAUCUAGAGAAAACCAAGCGAACAACAGGAACACUGAAGUGAACAAAAAAUGAAUUAAUCCCAAAUUUUCCUAGAGAUAAGUUCAGACUUUUCACUUGUAGUCCUUAAUUUAAUAGCUUACUUGUAAGCAACAAACAACUAUGAAGAACAACACGAUAGAAAAAAAUAAGCUCUGGACUAUCGAAUAAAUUGGGAGAUGUAUACUAGAUUUGCAUGCGCUGUUAGAAUGUUGUUACAUAGAAAUGGGAAGUUCCCAAUUUGUUCUUUUGUCACUGUGUUUUGUUCUUAACCCACCGUAAUUGUCAAUGUUUAGAUAUAAAUCAAGAUAUGAAGCGGA